AUGGGAAUCACUUGUUCUUGUCAAUAGAAGAUAGAUGAUGAUAUAGAUGAUUAUCAAAGUCUUGAUAAAGAGGAUUAGUAAAAGUAGGGUGAUCUUGUUUAGAAUGCUGAUAAGAUUGAAGUAGAAGAAUAAGAAUAAUAAAAAGAAUAACAAACUAUAGAUAUAGAUCCAAUUUAACUAAAAUCAUAUGAUAUUUAGGAUAAUUGUCCAUAAGGAUUAUAACCAUUAUCAUAUUAAGCAUAAUAAGAAUUUAUUGAUUAAUUUCCAGUGGUUGUUAAAAAGUAACUUCAAAAACUACAGAAACUUAAAAUUAACGCAGCAUUAUCAGCUAACUAUAAAAAAAUACCUCAUAUAGAUACUCCGUAAUAACUCUAUCUAAAAAAUUAGUUAUUAAUUAUUGAAUGGAGAUGUUUAUGUUGGUUAAUGGGCUGAAGGGAAACCCUUUGGUUUAGGAAAACUAUAUUACCUUGAUCAUUAGAUAUAUGAAGGUUAAGUAAUAGAUGGAGUUCCUGAUGGUGAAGGUAGAAAAAUAUUUAAAGAUGGUUCACGUUAUACUGGUAUUAAAAUGAUUAUAGUUUGAAAGGUUAAUUUAAAAUGGGAGAGAUAACAGGGAGAGGUAUAUUUUCAAGAUAGGAUGGUUUUACUUAUGAAGGUGAGUUCUUAUGUGGUAGACCUGAUGGAAAUGGAAUAGAAACAUGGCCAGAUAAUACUACUUAUUAAGGUUAAUAUAAAUUAGGUAGAAAAUAUGGAAAAGGAACUUUCACUUGGGGUAAUAGAAAGAGUAAGAAUACAGGUAGAUAAGAAACAUAUACUGGUGAUUUUAAAAAUGAUGAAUUUCAUGGAUUAGGUAGAUAUGAAUGGACUGAUGGAAGAAUUUAUGAUGGUGAAUGGGUAGAUGGUAAAAUGGAAGGGAAAGGAGUUUUUAUAUGGCCUGGUAUUUAUUUAUUAUUUAUUUUGUAGAUUAAAGAAAAUAUACUGGACAUUACUUAAAAGAUAUUAAAUCAGGUUAUGGAGAAUUAGAAUGGCCAGAUGGUAAAAAAUUAGCAGGUUAAUGGAGAAUUGGAAAAUUGAAUGGAAUUGUUACUCUUACUAUUAAAGGUAAAGUUAAAGAUGGAUAAACUGAACCUGAUAAAACUUUUCUAUCUGAAUGGGAAGAUGGUAGAAGAAUUAGAUGGAUUGAUAAUUAAAAACCUAGUGGAAUACAUAGCAAUAUUAGCUAUUUAAAAAACUUUGAUGAACAUUAAUAAAAUACUAGCUAAAUUUUAUAAUCAUAAAUUAGAUAAGAUGAUAUUCUAUCUAAUAAUAAAGAUUCUUUGUUAAAUAAUUCUAAAAAUUAAUAACAAAAUACUAUUUUCUAAUAAAAUAAAUAAAGCAAUCUUUAAUAAUAAUAAUAAUAAUAAUAAAAUAUCAUUCUUGAAAAUCAAGACAAUUAAUCUAUGAAAUAAAAUUAAUAAGAAAUUGCCAGUUUAAAAAUUGAGGAAAAUCAAUUUUAAUAAAAUAAUCAAUCUCAUCACUAAAAUGAAAAUCAUAGUAGUGAAGCUAAAGAUCUUGAUUAAAUAUAACAAGAAGGUUAAAAAUAAAAAACAGACAUCUGA